AUGAUUCGACAUGUCUUAUUCAAUAAUAAUAAUAGAUGUUUUUGUUCGAAAUAUUCAACUCAUUUAUUAUCAUUGUAUAGAAAAGAAAUCAUUUCAUUAGUUUAUUAUCACAGUGAUUCAAUUGAAGAUAAUUUAUUUGACAGAACAUUUCGUCAUCAUGAACAAAAACUUUUACCUGAAGAGGCAACAAAAAUUCUACAAAAAAAUGAAGCCAGUAUUGAUCUGGAAGUAAAUUGUUCAGUGAAAUAUUAUGAGGCUAAUCAUCUCGGUGCUAAUAAUCCUUCGGAGGAUCGACAAGCUCAAGCUCGUAUCCGUAUGCAUGAACCCUAUACGUAUCUAUUCGGUGUAUUUGAUGGUCAUGGUGGCCCAUGGUGUUCUGAUGUUUUGAGUCAACGCCUCUUUGACUAUAUUGCCGUUUCUUUAAAACCACCGAAUGAUUUAGAGCAAAUCAUGCGGCAAGCAAGAACUAUGACAAAUCAUAACUAUAGUCAUAUAUCAUCAUUGUUGUUACAAUCCUAUCAUAAUCCAUGUAAAGAUAUGCGAAAUUCCAAAGUAAAAAAAAUUCAUGCAAUGAAUUUAAUAAAACAUAUCGAAGAAGUUUAUACGACAUUUGAUGGUGAUUAUACAGAUAUUAUUGGUGCUUUAGAAAAUGCAUUUAUUAAAUUAGAUCGAGAUAUAUGUGCUGAAGCCAUACCAACUGAAACACAACCGUUUAAUAAAGGUUUAUUACAGAUUUCUAUGGCUGGCUCAUGUGCUUGUGUUGCAUUAAUCAACGAAACAGAUCUCUACAUUGCUAAUAGUGGAGAUGCGCGAGCAGUUCUUGGUACCAUAAAUGACAACGGUAAUCCAUCUUUGAUUUCUCUAUCCAAUGUCCAUAAUGUACAUAAUCAAUUGGAAAUAAAACGAGUCUUAUCUGAACAUCCAUCAAAUGAAUAUCAUUCAGUUAUUCGCAGUGAUCGUUUACUAGGUGUACUAUCGCCAUUUCGUGCAUUUGGUAAUAUACGUUUUAAAUGGCCAAAAAAUUAUCUUAAAGAAUAUUUACAACCUUAUUAUAAAAAUGUCGAUGCUUUAGUACAAUUUUAUUUAACACCACCGUAUUUAACUGUUCGACCAGAAAUCAUAAAACAUAAAUUGACGAAAAAUGAUAAAUUUCUUGUUCUAGCGACGGAUGGCGUUUGGGAUGCAUUAUCACCAGAAAAAGUUGUAGAACUUAUAUUUAAUCAUCAAAAAGGCAUACAAAGUUUGGAUCAAUUUCUAUUGCAAUCUUUGGAUCGAAAUUCUGCAACGAAUUUAAUUCGUCAUGCACUCGCUUAUACAUCCAAAGGACAUUUUGAUAGUAAACUUUUCUUAGAUACACUAGCAUCCCAUAACCCGAGAUCUAUGCGUGAUGACAUAACAGUAACUAUUAUUUAUUUUGAUCGGAUGUAA